AUGAAUCCCGGACGCAUUUCUCGCCGCAGCGCGCGCGUUCACUCAGGGGCCGCUUGUCCUCUCUGUGCCACGAUUGCUUUUCGUUCUACACUUCUAGUAAUCAUUUUCGUGGCCGUAGUUGGUGUCGCCGACGGUCUCGUCGACUGCCUCAACCUAACGAAUCCAAGUGCCUCGUCCAACCUCCUCUCGAACCCAAGCUUCGAUACAAGCUGUCUCGAUAUAGAAUGGCGUCGCAAGAAGCUGAACGCGUCGUGCCCACCGUGGCCGUACUUAUUCCCGUGGCGCGCGUUAGAACCUGGGGAAGCAUUCUUAAGCGAUGAGGUCUUAGCCACCGCAUCUGGCGGCGGAAACAGCGGAGCACUUCUUGCUAGAACAGUAUCAGGAACGAUCCUCACAGCAGGAGUGGCCGCGUCGCCUGCUGACGUGUCAAUAUCGAACGGGGUCACGGGAGUCGCGGACACCCUACUGGCAGCUGAAGGGUCCCGUUUUCUACGGCUGACUUCCGCUUUUACCGCGUCGUCUAGUGGCGACAUCGCGUCUGGUAGUAGCAGUAGCAGUAGUGCGUUUGGCGGCCCAGGCGUGGCGCAAGCGCUGUGCGAACUCAAACCCGCGGCGCCAACCAGCAACGACUCGCAGCAGGCGCAGGAGGAGCGCUCCCCGCGCCAGCUGUCCCUCUCGUUCUUUGCGCGCGCCAGCCUGUGCGCGGAGGCGGAAGGGGGAAUGGAGCGGCUGUUGAAGGUGCUGCUGCUGGCAGUUCCGCUGAACUCUUCCGCUGCCGCCGCAGCAGGCGGAGCGGAGGAGCAGGUGUGGGGGGAGUGGCGGGUGGGUGUGCCGUGCGGAAAGAGCAUCGCGAGUUUGUCUGGCGCCUUGCCUUGGUUCCAAGUGGGACCCCUCCUCUUCACCCUCCCUGACCCCCCAGAUUCCUCCUCUUCCUCCUCUUCUUCCUCCUCCUCUUCUUCCUCCUCCUCCUCUUCUUCCUCCACAUCUUCCCCUUCCUCGUUGGUAGUGCCUCCGGGGGGAGUGGCGCUGCAUUUGGUAAUUCGAUCCAUGGAAGGCAGCAGCAGCACCACCACCACCGUCACCGCCACUAGCAGCAUCGCUGCCAGCAGCAGCGGCGCUAGCAGCGCCGCCACCACCGCCAGCAGCAGCAGCAGCAGCAGCAGCAGCAGCAGCAGCAGCAGCAGCAGCAGCGGCGCUGACAGCACAGAGAGCAGCGGCUUUACCAUCGCCUCCCUCGGCCUCCAAACCCGGCCAGCGUCACACCCCGCCCUUUCCCGCGCUGCAUCCGCCCUUGCCAGCACUAAAUCCGCCCUGGGAAGGCUUCUCCGGUUCCCCAGACUUAACCUCCCUGGACUGAGGUCGUUUGGGCUACGGCAGUUCUGGAGCUUUCGGUUGAAGAGAUCAGCAGGAGCAAGGGCAGCAGCAACGCCCGCAGUGUCAACAGCUGGUGGGACCUCAGCAGGCGAUGCCGUACCUGCAUCCCAAACUGCUACAGUGGCAGCAGAGGGUGUGGGAGAGACAGCAGGAGCAUCAGCACUCGCUGUUUCUGCGGGUACGGGAGGGGCAGGAGGAGCAGGAGGGAUGAAUGUGGUGAACUCAAGGAGAGAGGGAGUGGCGUCGGAGGCAGGGAGCAUUGCCGUUGACCUCGCGUCUGUCAUGCCUGCUCGUUCCGACCCCUCCCCUCUCAAGUCCUUCUCCCACUGGCCGCUCUCCAGUUCCCACCCGCUUCUCGCAGCCGGCUCAACCCGUCGCAAUCGCUCCUCCCUCUCCCUCACCACGCUCUCCGACCUCAACGCUGCCGCCCUCGCGCUGCACCCCGCCCCCUUCGCCCUGCUCGACCCCGCCACGCCCUCCUCCCCCUGCCGCCCCUUCUCCUUCUCCACCUCCUUUACCUUCCGCAUCUCCUCCCCCAACGCCGCCGGGCUGGGCGGCGAGGGCUUGGCGUUUGUGAUGCUGCCGACGCCUACGCUCGGCCUGCCGGGGCCCUCCCUGGGCUACGGCCGCCUGCUGCUGCCCCCGGGGAGCACAACUGGCACUGAUGACUCACAGCAAUGGGAUGGCGUUUGUUGUGGUGAUGCUUUUCGUCUUUCCGCUUCAUCUUCCCUGACUACUCUCUGCUGGUCUUACUCUUCCUGUCUUGCUCUCCUGCUCUCAUUCUCUCAUUCUCUGCUGCUCUUUUCUGCCCACCCUCCUGCUCCCCUUCCUGCUCCCCCCCCUACACAGCCACAGCAGCACAGGAGCCUGGCGGUUGAAUUCGACACAUCGGCCUCCCCCGAGUUUUGGGACCGCCCCGACCACCACGUGGGGGUGAACCUGCACGGCAGCAUGCUCUCUCUCGCCUCUGCCCCCGUGCACCCCCUCGGCAUUCCGUCCCUCAACGCCGGUCAAACCCUCCUCGCCACCAUCCACUACAACGCCUCCUCCUCCCACCUCACCGUCUGGCUCUCCCCCGCCCCCUCCUCCUCCCGUUCCCCAUCCCCCUCUCGCUCCUUCCCUCGUUUUCCGGGUUUCCCUGGCUUCCCUCGGUCGUCUCGCCCCUCCUCCUCCUCCCCCUCCGCCUCCACCUCCCCACCUCUCCCGCGCUCGGCCGUGCUGAGCACAUUCCUGGACACCUGCGAGUGGCUGGGGGGGAACGACCCGGAGGCGGCAGCGCCCCCCCCGCCGCUGUUUGUGGGAUUCACAGCGGCCACGGGCAAGGGGGCGGAGCAGGCUCAGGCACAUGAGGUGCUGGGGUGGACGUUCCAAGUGGGGGAGGGUGAGUUCCAAGUCGGGGAGGGUGGUCUCAUCCCACGUCAUCUCCUUACAUUCCUUCCCAUCCCCACACGUCCCUUUCCCUCCCCUCACAUCCUUUUGCAUCCCUCCCAAACCCUUCUAAGGCACACUCUGACUUCCUCCUCCUCCUCCUCCUCCUCCUCCUCCUCCUCCUCCUCCUCCUCCUCCUCCUCCUCCUCCUCCUCCUCCUCCUCCUCCUCCUCCUCCUCCUCCUCCUCCUCCUCCUCCUCCUCCUCCUCCUCCCUGCCCCGUGUUUCCCCACACACUCGCCCUCAUCCCUCUCGACUCAAAAGCUUUCCCGCACACCCAUCCCCACUCACCUGGGCAGACACGGACUACUGCAACCACUCUCCCGUGCUCCCCUGCGGCAUGGGCACAUGCUCUAAGGCGCGCUCCCCGUGGGACCCCUCUGUCCUGCUUCCCUCAUGCAAGUGCGCCUUGAAGUUCCCCUCCUUCGAACCCACCCACCUGGCUGGCCUGCCCUCCUGCUUCCCUGAGGCCUACACGUGUCGCCAGCUCUCCAGCAACCCCUGCGCCCCAGGAGUGUGUAUCGAUGGCUUAGAUGGCAGCUACUCCUGCCUCUGCCCUUCGCCCUACUUCUUCUUCACAUUUUCUCCCAAGGGCACUGCCAGUUGCUCCCUGGUCCAAGCGGAUGGCAUGCGAAUGCCAACCUUCCUGUCCCAGUUUGGUCUCACAUGCCCCCUCAUUCUCAAUACUUUUGGAUUGACACAGACCCAGUUUUUCAGCGAGAACAAGGGCUUCCAGUGUCGAGCUCCCAUUCCUGCUGGCACCCUGGUCAACGUCACCAGCCGUGCUUUCUCCAAAUGUACAGCAAUGUACACUGUUAAUCAUGGCGACACCUGUGACUCCAUCAACGCGCUCUUCGACACGCAGAUAGAGCCGCUCAACCCCGCGCUCAGCUGCUCCGAUGGGCCACGGCACGGGCAGUAUACCCCGAUGUGGAUGCUUCUAUGUGUGGCGUUUGACCAACAGUGGUACGACGCCGGAAAGAUAAGCACAAAGUGCACGCACUUCGCUCACAUCUCGCCAGCACCACUCUCCAGCAGCCUGCAGCAGACAGCCCCAUUCACCGUAGAGGACGCACUCAUAAGCGAGCUUGAGAGCCCACAGACCUGCCAGGGGCUGUGGCAGGCCUUCAGCCUCGCCUCUCCCGCACGCUUCUUCCAGCUCAACCCCGGCCUUCCGUGCGACUCGCUGCUGCCCGACAGCCCGCUUCAGGGCAACACUGUGACUCGGGUGGGUGGGAAAGCUGUUACCAAGUGUAUGGGACCAGGUGUAUGGGACCAGGUGUAUGGGACCAGGUGUGUAUGGGACCAGGUGUAUGGGACCAGGUGUAUGGGACCAGGUGUAUGGGACCAGGUGUAUGGGGCCAGGUGUAUGGGACCAGGUGUAUGGGACCAGGUGUAUGGGACCAGGUGUAUGGGGCCAGGUGUAUGGGACCAGGUGUAUGGGGCCAGGUGUAUGGAACCAGGUGCAUGGGGCCAGGUGUAUGGGACCAGGUGUGUAUGCGACCAGGUGUAUGGGACCAGGUGUAUGGGACCAGGUGCAUGGGACCAGGUGUAUGGGACCAGGUGUAUGGGACCAGAUGUAUGGGACCAGGUGCAUGGGACCAGGUGUAUGGGACCAGGUGCAUGGGACCAGGUGUAUGGGACCAGGUGUGUCCGAGGCUUCCUGGAAGAAUCUUUGCUGCAGUGCAGUGUGAAUGUUGAGGGUGUGAGUGAGUGA